CGUCUACAUUAGCAAUCACCUUAACACAGUGACAGACACCACGCAAAGCUCAAGCAAAUUAGUUUGAUUUAUUUGGUUUUUAAACACCCGGAAACCUUCACAGUGAAACAACGACAGGGCACGUGCUGGGUGAGAAGUGAGAACCAAUAGGCUACAGCUCUUCUCCAUAAUGCACAGUUUGCUCUGUAUUUGUUUUUGAGUUGUCGUCGCGGUCUUGAGUUCUCUCUCUUCGGGUUGCCAUCCAGACUUCCUCGGUAUUGGUGGAUAGCCGCAUUGUGUUCAUCUGGUCGCCUCUACCAGGCUACUAAAGGAGAGAAGCUUGGGGAUAGGAAGGAGAGAAAAAGGUAAGUUACUUUAAUGGUUUAGAUUGAAAAACGAUCCUCCAACUUCAAUCUUUCUUCUUUGUGCGUAAAUUAGUUUGUCCUGCAUUUGAAACAACCUUCAAUCAGCAUUUCCUACUGUUUGCGUUGUGUGGCAAUCGGAAAGAGUGAUAAAUGUAUACAGGCUGUUUAUUUGGCUUAAAAUCCGAUAAUAAUGUAUAUGUGCGCGUUUCAUUUUUACUCCCAUUGUGUCUAAUAUAUUAUUAAAUGAAUGAUCAAUUAAUACUUGUGUAAAAUCCCCUGAGUGGGCGACUUCAAGUUGAAUUCGAUUAAUUUUUGUACGAGUUGUCAACUUCUAGGGCCUAAUAACUUGAUAUUUUCAUUACAAUUUUUUUUUUGGGGGGGGGAGGAUAGCAAUUGGACCGUUAAAAUGUCUGAACUACUUAGUAGAUAAUUGGAGAGGCGUGUAUGGGGGUUUUGUUAAAUUUAUUUUGCUGAUAAGGACACUUCUGAAAUGUUCACCCCCGAGGACUAAUCUAAAUUCUAAUUGGGUUCAUUUGCACGAAGAUGUCGUCUUUUUCAAAUCGCUCCCCCAACAGAGCAGGGGCUGAAAAUGUCGUUUAAAAGAACCGUCCGAAUACAUAGAAAAAAGAGCCGGGGUUUGGGUCGCACAGCACGGGGGCCAGAUAGUCAUCUCGGUGAAUAGAAUAGAUGAGUUUCCGCUCGUUAACGUCAAUUUAAUUUCAGCUUAUUAAUUUUGGAUUGUUUCCCCCUCCGUGGACGUUAGUAGCCUAACGAUAAUUGGAAGUGGCAAGUGAAAUGUUGGCUUCUAAAUGUCAACAAUCAACCUAUGCAGUGAAGUGUGGCUAUGUUUUUAGGCUAUACCUUUCCAGCUUUUAGGCUACUCAAGGACUCCAAUUUGUACUUAUGCUAAACUAACUAUUUUUUGUAAUAGAAUGAGGCUAAAAGCUCUAAAUAGUAGUUGAUAGUAAAAAAUUAUUCCCCAAUGGUUGUCAUUCAGGGCUCAAAGACUGAGUUUCUAUUUGACUGUUUCAGUUUGAACAUAAAUGAGACGCUUUGGGAACGAGGCCUACUCACACGUACACAACCCCGGACCAGAGCAACUUUAUUUGGCCCAAUCAAAGAUAACUAUUUCUCAAAAUGGAUUAUUACUCCAUAGCACCAUAGUUUGACCCAGCUCUCAUCAUAUAUACCCAAAUAACCAUUUUCUGAGUUUAUAUGGUUCGACAGCCUACAGGCCACGGGGUAGAGACAAUGGCCCAUGCUGACUGUGUGUAAUUGAGUCCAAUGGAUUCAAGUGGGGUGCAUAUCAAACCGAUAGCCCAACACUUAGGCUAUUUGUAACGUUUAUUCAACAAGAUGGGCUAAAUGACAAAAUGGAGAUAAUGCACAAUUAUGAUAGUCUAAAAUAUGGGCUGUCCAGUUCAGACAUGAGGCAUUGGACUUUUAGUUUUUAUCAUUUGGGUUCUAGGAAACGGCCCACGCAUAAUAAACAAACGUAAAUAAUUGCUUAAUAUUACUAGUUUAACAACUUCAUAUGGUUUUUGGUUGCCUAUUGAAGUAGAAUAGACGCUAACAAUACAUUAUGUUCCAUGUAGUCUAUACGAAUAAAAAAAAUAAAAAAAAGUCAUACAUAAACCACGCAGUUUUAACCAGAAAGAGAAUCACUCGGGGGAUUAUUUUGUUAUAUUUUCAUUUGUUUUUGUUGCACUUUGUUGUAGCCUACAUUAAUUUAAUUAAUACAUUUUUCUUAAGCAUAUUAUGAUAUAUAUAUAUAUCUCUUCAAGACUAAUCAUAUAGUGAUUAUUAUAGUUAGGAAUACUCCAGCAGGCCUGUACUGUAGUUUAGAGAAGCAAAGAGGAAAAUAUUCAUUGUAGAUCACGGAAUGUCUAACUAAACAAUAUUUAGUUCAACUUUGGAAAUCUUAAACAGGCCAUUUCCAAUGCAUCUCAAAUGAAGAAAAACAGUGCGUAUUUGCCAAAAGACUAAGUCAUUUAAGUUUUGAAAAGCCCUACAAUUUGCCAUUUUCAUACCAAACAGGCUUUUCUUGUGUAUUAAAAGUACAGCAUAUGAUCAUUGUUUACCAGUCGAAAUAUUUGUCUUAAUCCAGCAGUGAUUUACAUCGAACUACUUGUGUUAAUCGAUACAUUUCUUUUUGCAGUGACUUACAUCGGGCCCCUCUCCCGUCAAGCUGCAACAUCGGGGGAAAUCGAACUAUUGGCAAGAUCUGGGGGGACCCGUGACUGCCUCUAGCAUGAUGUCAUACCUCAAACAGCCCCCCUACGGCAUGAACGGCCUAGGGCUCAGCGGCGCCGCCAUGGACCUACUGCACCCGUCUGUGGGCUACCCAGGUAGGGAUAAGCGCCUCGCAUCCGCCCGUGUUUGAGUGGAAUGUUUUAGCGAAACAGGUUCUGGAUGUCAGGCUAGUUCGGUGCACGGCCCAGCGCCCGGGGCUCUCACACUCCAGGAUGUCUCUCUCCAAAUGGAAAUGGAACCUAUAAGGACAAACCUAUAGGCAACCUAUUGUCAGUAACCAAACAUACAACAUGUCUGAGCAGCCAACGAUAAUAUCAGCAGUGCGCACACUGGUGGUUUAGGCCUGGUCCGGGCUUGAGGACGCAAAAUGUUGGAUAAAGAUAAUAUUGAAUCUGAGCUUAAUAGGCUACAACUCGAAAUCAAACUUUAUUUGAAGUGGAUUUACGCAUGGUUAGCCAUGGAAAAAGUAAAAAAUAAAUAGAUUUUUAGUUUCCACAAUUAGGCUAUAGUAUUUUUGGAUAGUUUGUAUUUGUUAUAGUUGGCGGGCUACAUCGAAUAUUUAUAUACAGUCCGAUGUUGUCUUAUUUAUUUCCACACAAUGAAAUGUUGGCUGGUAAGACAAACAGACUAAGCUGAAUAUUGCUCAAGUGGCACGAAUAAUUGUCUAAAUAUGAUUAGUCUUUCUUCUAAAUAUAGACACAAAUCAUUUUAAAGCUUUAAUUUCAAAUCUCUCUUGCUCUCUCUGUUCCAGCGACGCCUAGAAAACAGCGUCGGGAGCGGACCACGUUCACGCGCUCGCAGUUGGACAUCCUCGAGUCGCUCUUUGCUAAAACUAGGUAUCCGGAUAUCUUCAUGCGGGAAGAGGUCGCACUGAAAAUUAACCUUCCGGAAUCCAGGGUCCAGGUAAAAUGUCAACCUUUUUAACUGCAUUCACUCUGCUUUUUUGGGAGACAGCGAUUCAUUGAAAUCUCAGGGAUUGGUUCAAGGAUUAGGGUUGUUGUAACCAACUCAGUGACGCACAAUAUAGCCGCCCACCCCUGUAGUCCCCUCUUGUGCUCCAUAGAACAAAUACUUUACUUAAACCAUACUUCUCACGGCUAGCAGUUAGCUUCAAUAGUGCAGCGAUGAAGUUUCCCCAUAAAGUCAUUGAGCUUGUACUAGUGAUUGGUGAGCUAUUGACUGGGUGGCCUCUCUCCACAUAUUAUUGGCUAUAUCAUGUGACUAUCUGAGGAAUGGUGGUCUUUCUGAUCUGUAGUUUAUUCAACACUUGUUAUUAUCUAAACGGAAUGCCAUCCAGGGUAGUGAUGUAUAGGCUAGACCUAGAAUAUGAGCACCAAUUCAGAGGUUCACUUUUGGAUGCCUACAAUGCCGUUUUAGAAAUCGUUUUGUUAAACUUAACAUAAGUCUCUCUCACACACAGUCCCAUAGACUACUCAUGCCUUUUUUAAACCAUUUGCUCAGAACAUGAGGUCGUCACCAAGGCCAACCUCUCUUUCUGAGUUGUUGUCAGAAUGCGUGUGAAACCAAAUGCUCUACAUGAUCCUCCCCUCUUGGUGCUAUGGAGUUACCCUGCUCCGAAGAGAAACUCUAUAGCCUGUUAUCUACAAGGUCUGCAUCCCAAAUGGCACCCUAUUCCCUACAUAGUGCACUACUUUUGACCAGGACCCAUAGGGUGUCCCAAAGGGCUCUGGUCAAAAGUAGUGCACUAUGUAGGGAAUAGGGUGCGAUUUGGGACACAACCAAGGUAUGAAACUAGAGACCCAUGCUGGUAGAAGGGAACAUGCCUGGGUGAAAAUUAACAUUGAUACCUAAUUACACCAACUCUGUUGUUCCAUCAUGGCCUUUUCUCUUUAGAACUGUAUUGUGAGAGCUUGUUGUCUCUGAUGGCUGGGUUGGCUAGCUCUUGGUUCGGUUAGUUGUUUUGGUUAGGUGUGGUUUUAACAUUUGUUUGGUUCUAGGUGUGUUUUAAUGGUUGAUAGGUUCUAGGUGUGUUUAACAGUUGAUUCUCUUUGUUUGGAUCUAGGUGUGGUUCAAGAACCGGCGGGCGAAGUGUCGGCAGCAGGCACAGAGCGGCAACAGUGCCAAGGCCCGUCCGGCCAAGAAGAAGUCAUCUCCGGCGAGGGAGAGCACAGGGUCGGAGAGCAGCGGCCAGUUCACCCCACCUGCUGUCUCCAGCGCAGUCUCCUCUUCUUCCUCCUCCUCCACCAAUCACGCGGGGGCAGGCCUCAGCAACACCUCUACCUCCAUCAGCACCGUCUCGUCCAUUUGGAGUCCCGCCAUCUCCCCGGGCAACGGCCCGUUAACACCCGCCUCUGCCCCGCCGCUCGCCGAGCCCCCCGGACCACCGCCCAACGCCUCCUGUAUGCAGCGGUCGGUCUCGGGGUCGGUCUCGGGGUCGGUCUCGGCCGCCUCCUAUCCCAUGUCCUACAACCAGACCACAGGCUACGGCUCCUACAACCCUACCCCGUCCAGUUCCUACUUCAGCGGGGUGGACUGCGGCUCCUACCUGGCCCCCAUGCACUCUCACCCACACCACCAACUCAGCCCCAUGACUGCCUCUUCCAUGUCGGGUCACCCUCACCACCAUAUCAGUCAGUCUUCAGGACACCACCACCACCACCAUCACCAGGCUUACGGAGGCUCCGGCCUGGCCUUCAACGGCUCAGACUGCCUGGAUUAUAAAGAGCAGACGGCGGCCUCCUCGUGGAAACUCAACUUUAAUGCCAGCGACUGCUUGGACUACAAAGACCAGGCCUCCUGGAGGUUCCAAGUCUUGUGA